AUGGCAGAACGAAAUCUGAACAUCCUCAGCCUAGACGGCGGGGGCGUCCGCGGGAUCUCCACGCUGUACAUUCUCAAGGAGAUCAUGGCUUCGGUCACUGCGGACCCUUCGCCCAAACCAUGCGACUAUUUCGAUAUGAUCGGCGGGACUGGAUCGGGAGGGUUGAUUGCGAUUCUCCUGGGUCGCCUCAAGAUGGACAUCGACGAGUGCAUCCACACCGUGCGCAGUCUCUACACUCAUGUAUUUCGCAGAAAGCGCCACAUCCCCAUCGGGAGCAACCUGCGCACGCGACCGAAGUUCGACUCCCGAUUCCUGGAACACAUGAUAAAGCGCGACCUCGAUACCCACGGACGAGACGAGGAUACUCUCCUGAGAGAGCCCGACCCGUCGUGCAAAGUAUUUGCCCUGGUGACCGACCACGCCAGCCGAAAGGUCAUCCCUCUCACCACCUACCCGAGCAAAUACUGCGUCCCGGAGCUCUACAAGACUGCCAGAGUCUGGGAAGUGUGCGCCGCCUGUUUCGCCGUGCCCGCGCUGUUCGACCCCAUCCCCGUCGGGACCAGCGGACGCGCAUAUCACGACGCCUCGCUGGAGGGGAACAACCCCAUGCGCGACGUGUGGAUCGAGGCGAAGGGCGCCUGGCCGUCGGGCUCGCUGGAGAGCCAGCUCAACUGCAUGAUUUCGAUUGGCGCGGGGGCGCCGUCGAUGAAACGGCUGCAUCGGAGGUUCUUUGGGCUUGUCAAGAGCAUGCCGCAGCGAGGGCCAGAUGCGGACGCCGAAACCAAUAAGUUCAUCCAGGAGCAUAGCGAGCUCGAUGACGAGGAGCGGUUGUUUCGGUUUGAUGUGCCCAAUGGCAUGGCGGAUAUUCGGCCGGACGAUACUGAUGAGAUUGCCCCGAUUGUGGAGGCGACGCUUGAUUAUGUUGCGAAGGAGCUGGUUCGCAAGCAGAUUCGGAAAUGCGGGAGGGCGCUGGUGUGA